AUGGCUUCCUUCAUCACGUGGCAGGCAAUGAUACAUAUCCUGCUUGUUCUGCACAGACUUCAGAAAGCUAGUGGUCAGUUUACAGUCCAUUCUCCUGACAAUGUUAUCCAGGCUGUUGGAGAAGAUGCCAUCCUGCCUUGCUACAUGUCUGCCCCUAGCAUCCCUGUCAGCCUCACUGUGCAAUGGAUCCUUCUUAGAGCCAUGAAUAGAAUAGAAGUUAUCUCCUUUGAUGGAAAAAGUGAGGUGGAAAGGCAAGGAAAGAGCUAUGAGGGUCGAACUGCAUUUUUCACAUCCCAGGUGAGGAGGGGAAACCUCUCCUUGAAGCUUAGGAACAUCCAAGUCUUUGACAAAGGGAAAUACAUCUGCAAGGUCUCCUAUUCCAAUUGGCAUAGGGAAACCUACGUGGAACUGGAUGUGACAGUGCUGAAAAACCUCACGUACACUGACAAAGGCGAAUACAUCUGCAGCCUGGACUCUGAGAGCUGGCAUGAUGAGACUGUGGUGGAGCUGGAUGUGACAGGUCAGUUCCACAUCCUCCCUCCAAACAACCCAAUCAUUGGCUUCAUUGGGGAAGAUGUCAUUCUGCCUUGCCAGUUGUCACUCACCGUUUUUCCUAGGAGCAUCAAGGUUCAGUGGAUUGCUCUACGACAUUUCAGGACAUUGAAGGAGAUUUCCUAUGAUGAAGCAGUCAAAGAUAGCUGGCUAGAGGAGAGAAGCUGGGAAGGAGGCACAGAGCUCUUCCUCAGCCAGUGGAGCACAGGCAACUUCUCCCUAAAACUGAAGAACGUCCAGAUUCCUGACAAAGGGAAAUACAUUUGCAGUGUAAUGGCAGGAAAAUGGCAUGAUCAGGUGGCCAUUGAACUGGAAGUGACAG